UAUAAAUGAGAAACCACCCUCAGCUCUCAGCUAAGACUCAUAUUGGCAAGAUGAAGUCCACCAUCAUCUUCAUCCUUUCUCUGCUCUUUGUUCUGGAGAAGCAAGCAGCUGGUGUUGCGUUCCAAGGUCAGACGAAAAGCCAGUUGCCAGAUAGAUCCUAUGAAUAUCUACUUACACAACAAAAAACUCAUCAGCAUGUUGGACAAAAAGGCGCCAAAGGAAUAUCAAGUGAAGAAAGUUUUCUGACCCAAACUAAAAGCCAGAUGCAGGGCAGUGAUCUUUCUAUGCAACAAACACAAACUAAGCAGGCCUAUGUAGCCAAAAAACAAGCCAGCCUUUGCCAGGCAGGAGGUUUAAGCCAACAAAAGUCUGCCCAAUUGAUCGCUACUAAGCAUGCUGGUGGACAGACACAAGUCCAUAAACAAUUUGAUAUGACCCAAGCCAAGGGAAGGUCAGGUCAAUAUAUAAAGACAAAAGGAAGCUCACUCUACCUUGGAGCCAAAGGUGCUUCCCAGCUCAAGGGAACUAGUCAAUACAUGAAAACCAAGGGAAGCUCCUUAUAUCAGGGAACGAAAGGCACAAAAUUCCAAGAGAGACAGGUCUCAUUCAAAGGGCAAUCACAAUAUCCCAGUGACGAGCAAAUGCAGCAGCAAUUUGUCAAGGGAGCUCAAAUCAAAUACCAAGACUCUAUGGAGCAAUAUCUUCAGUAAUUACGCUGAAGACCAGGACAGAUUUGGAGGGUCAUCUUACCUGAGUGCAGUCUGUUACGCCUUCAAGAUUCAUUCUCCUGGGUGAUUCCAGACCCUUGGUCCAUGGAUGAUGCCACCUCCUCACACU